UCUGAGUAGAUGACUCAUUGUUCAUGUGUUCAUUUUCUGUAAUCUUCUGCCAAGUUUUUAAAACCAAAAUCUGGAUCUAAUGUUUAAUUGUUUUGGCCAUUCAUAUAGGUUAAGGUAACAUUUAGCCAACAAGCGUCAGCUCUAGUAAAGUUUUACAAAGAAAUGUAAACAGCAGCCACAUGACAGGAAGAAGUUAUUAAUACAGAGCCAAGAGAGAAAGUCAAGAGGAGAUUAUGCAAAGUUGCGAGCUGUGCAAUCGAAUUGCCCAUAACGGAUCAACAUUUCAGAUGAGUUCAUAUUUGUUUUACAUCACAAUAAUAAUUGAUUUCCAUACGUUUAUAUAUGAUUUGUUUAAAAUCUAACAAAAUGUAAAUGAUUACCAAUGUUAAGCCUCCAUUUUAGAACCACAGAUCAAAACAAUGAAGCUGUUGAGUAAAAUGUUAUGUGUGGGGAAUGAUAACAUGACGCAUGUUGUUUUCCUUUAAUGAACCCGCUCUCUGUGUGCUUUGCCACUUUAGGACCGCACACUGAGAAUCAUCCUCCAGCCGUCCAAAGCAGGCCUUUCAGAGCUGCUGCAUUUUGUCUUGGAGUGCUGUGCUUUCUGACCAUAACUGGAAUCAUCCUCCUAUACAUACGUUAUAUUUCAGUCACUUCGGACAAAGACCAGCUGCAGACCAGAUACGACAAACUGAACAACAACUACAGCGAGCUGCAGGGACAAAUUUCAGAAAUGACAGUCAACAACAGUCAGUUACAGAAUGAAGUAAAGCAGCUGAAGGAUAAAAUUGAAGGGAAGUGGUGUCCUGAAGGAUGGAAGAGAUUUGGAUGCAGCUGUUACUUUAAAUCCAAUGAGGAGAAAACUUGGUAUAACAGUAGAAGUGACUGUCAAGAGAAAGGAGCAGAUCUGGUGAUCAUAAACAACAAAGAGGAACAGAAAUUUGUCGUUGAGCUGAACAAGGAUGGAGACUCCUGGAUUGGUCUAUGGGUAGAAACAGGAAGGAAAUGGAAAUGGGUGGACGACUCGCCGCUGACAGAAUUGUUCUGGGCAACAGGACACCCGCACAGCAACUAUUAUUACGCUGCAGCAUGCUGCAAUAAACAAGGAAAAUGGACAGAGAGCGGAUAUAAUGAUCAGAAGAAGAACUGGAUCUGUGAGAAAUAGAUUUCCUGUUUAUCUUGAGGACAGAGGGGUGUGUAGUGUUGGGAUCAACUUUGUCAAAUCAGAUCAACUCACAUUUUACAUUUCUUCAGUUGUUCAUUCUGUGUUGCAUCCUGAACAACCUGGAUUACAUAGAUAUUGUUCCUCUGCCCUACACAGUGAACAGUCUGGUUGGAAGUCAUCCACACAACUACAUGUGCACUUACCCUCUCUGCAGAGAGGGAUAUUACAACAGCCUGUUUUCAAAAA